GAUUCAGGGCCGUUACUCGAUACGCAGACCCACAGCAUCGAUGCCGUACUCAUCCGAACAGUCUUCGUAGACCGCUUUUUCUACACCUUGCCUUCUGUCCGCCACGCGGAUUUCAUGGCCUAUCCACUUGUCCGACUUGUACCAUCGUUAUAAAAUUAUACAGUUUUGUCCGUGCAGUUACCUACCGUGCAAUGUGGAAAAUGAAAAAUCUUGAAUUUUUCUAUGAUUAUCAAUUUUGUUGCGGAAGAACGCAAUUGCUUACAACUUUCACAUCCCGCUACAUAAUUUCUUUACUUUCGAUACAUACAAAUUUAGUGCAAAUUUGCUUUGCUACGUUUCGUCCACUAUGACCUUAGCUGGACCAUUAGUGCUCCGCCAAACGGCGCUCCACACAAUUUGUUUACGUUUUUCGCGCAACCUUGAUAAGGAUUACGUUCUGCCACUCUGUCCAUCGUUAAUUAGCUACACAACUAAAAACACCAUAGUUUCGCUAAGAAAAUGACGAAAAAACUGUACAGGAACGUGUUUGUGACAGUGGGCACGACCGAGUUCGAGGAUCUAGUGCAAAUCGUUACUUCGGCCGCCGUUCUGAAGCAAUUAACGGCGUUGGGUUGCGAAACGCUCACAGUACAGUUCGGCAGAGGGAAGGAUCCUAACGUGAAACAGGCGCAAAGCCUGACAAACAUCCGGCUCUCCGCUUACGGACUCAAGAGUAGCAUUGGAGACGAUAUAGCCACAGCCGAUCUGGUGAUCAGCCAUGCCGGCGCCGGAAGCUGUAUAGAAGUUCUGGAAGCCGGCAAACCCUUGAUCGUGGUGGUAAAUGAAACGCUGAUGAACAACCAUCAAACGGAACUGGCCGAACGGCUCAGCAAGGACAAGAAUCUCUUCUACUGUACACCGAACACGUUGCGGGAGACGUUGGCAGCAUGUGACUUGAAUCAGUUGGAAAAACUUGCACCCGGAGCGCUCGAUAGUUUCGUCCAGCAUUUGGAUGCAUUUAUGGGCUUCAGAUAGUAACAUGCGGCCCGCUGAUACGCUGUGAUGCCUGUUAUCAACACGACUCAAAUUUCCGUUGUUAUUGGCGCGUAUUUGCGUACUGUGAUCAAUUGUUUACAUCAAUUUCAAUAAACAGAUGAAAAUUUAUGGUUAAAU